AUGGCUGCCGUUGCAAUCCAACAGGCAAACGUUUGCCAGACCAAAGGCAUGCAUAGUUCAGUGACGAUACAAGAGAUCUCUCCUCCAACCAGCUGCCCAGCGAAUCAAACCAAUACUACCAAUGGCGUCGACGAAGCAUCACUACCACAAAGGCGGAAUGGCGAAAGGGGUUAUUAUAGGAAUGAAGAGCUCGGAGGACCAAUCCACUCGGAAAGACACAUGACAAUUCUAGUUGUCGGAGCUGGUGCAUCUGCUCUCUGUUUCGCGUACAAGCUUCAGCGGUCGUUCCAGAACUUCACUCUCAGACUGUACGAGAAGAACCCGGAGAUUUCAGGAACGUGGUAUGAGAACCGGUAUCCAGGCUGUGCCUGCGACGUACCAAGUCAUAACUACGUCUACUCCUGGGAGCCAAAGUACGAUUGGUCUGCAGUCUACGCUGGCAGCGCUGAGAUCAAAGAAUACUUCAAGUGGUUUGCCGCCAAGCACGAUCUGAACCAGUACAUUACAGUCAACCGAGAGGUUUGCAAUGCCCGCUGGCAUGAUGACAAGGCUCGAUGGGAAGUUUGCAUCCGAGAUGUGAAUACAGGACAGGUCAACACUGAGUUCUGCGAUUUGUUUAUCAAUGCUAGCGGCAUCCUCAACAACUGGAGAUGGCCGGAAAUCGAGGGUCUCAAAGAUUUCAAAGGGACUCUGCUACACAGCGCCAACUAUGAUGAAUCGGCUGACCUCACAGAGCUAACAUUCGGGAGCUCAUCCGGAAUCCAGAUACUACCUGCUAUCCAACCUCAUGCUAAAUCAGUUGUUACCUUUCUGAGGACACCUACCUGGGUGACACCACUCAAAGGAUUCGAGCAGCACUCCUACACCAAGCAAGAGCAGGAAGAGUUCGCGACGAAGCCAGGUGUGCUUUUGAACUGGAGGAAACAGACAGAGAGCAACGUCAACAACAUUUACACCAUGUUUCUUAAUGGAAGCAAACUUCAGGAGACGACGAAGCGCCGGGUUGAUAUGCAGAUGAGAGCAAAGCUGCUGCGUCCUGACCUCCGAGAGAAACUCAUUCCCAAGUGGGACUUCGGAUGCCGGCGAAUGACACCGGGGAUCGACUAUUUGGAGACACUGCAAGCAGACAACGUUGAAUUCGCAUUCGGAAAUAUCGACAGAGUUACAGCAGACGGCUGUGUGGUCGGUGACAAGGAGCACCCUCUUGACGUGCUCAUUUGUGCUACGGGGUUUGACGUCUCUUUCAAGCCGCGCUUUCCUAUCAUCGGUCUCGACGGUCAGAAUCUCCAGGAUCUCUGGGGUAAGGAGGCCCACUCGUAUCUCGGUGUGGCAGCUCCAGCGCAACCCAACUACCUUCAUUUCCUGGGACCAAACUGUCCCAUUGGGAGCGGUCCACUCGUGGGCGCCAUCGAGGCUCAAGCAGAUUACAUGCUCCGCUGGUGCGAUCGGUGGCAGACUGAAAACAUCCACUCGUUCACUCCGAAGCUCGAUGCCAUUGAAGACUUCGCAGCACGAACGGACCUCUUCAUGCGGGACACCAUCUGGAAGAGCGGUUGCCGCAGUUGGUACAAGUCGCACACUAUUGAUGGCCGCGUUUCUGCUCUGUGGCCGGGCAGCUCGUUGCAUUACUUUGAGGCAAUGCAGUAUGUCCGUGCAGAUGACUGGGAUGUGCGCUACACCGGCAAUCGCUUUGACUGGCUUGGUAACGGAUUCAGCCAGACUGAGUGCGACGACACAUGCGACUGGGCCUAUUAUAUCCGGGAUCAGGAUGAUUCCCCUUACUUGAGCAAGGGAAAAGCCCGUCAAGUGCUCACAAAGAGUGGGACGAUGAAACAUGAGGUUGAAGAGGACGACGAGAAUGACAUGGACUGGAAAGCGUGGUGCUGA